AGUCGGACUCACCACGGGAAGAGGGUGGCUCUGAUUUCACUGUCCGCCAAGGGCUGGAGCGGCAGCGUGUCGAAGAAAGAGAUGGAGACUGGGGUCACCUACUUCCGGCUGGAGGAAGUGGCUAAGCACAACUCGGCGAAGGACCUGUGGCUGGUGAUCCACGGGCGGGUUUACGAUGUCACCAGCUUCCUGGUCGAGCACCCCGGGGGGGAGAAGGUCCUGAUGGAGCAGGCCGGUCGGGACGGGACAGAGGGCUUCGAGGGCGCGGGACACUCCUCUGAUGCCCGGGAGAUGCUAGGGCAGUUCUGCAUCGGCGAGAUCCACCCAAGCGACCGCAUGGCUGUCUCACCCUAGUCUCACAUUUAACGCGCACAGGCUGCAGGUACCCCGGAGGUGUCCAGACCUCUAACCUUCCCCUCUCCUCCAAACCCCCAGCUAUCACAUAACCUCGGAAGGCAGGAAGAACGUGUGAAAGAGAACUUGUAGGCGGCGCGGCUGGGACGCCGCACCCCUCCCCCACCUUUGGAUCCUUCCAGUGUGAUUCCAUCCUCCCAAGUCAAAAUGGACUAAUCCAUCUCUCAACUAGGACCAGCUUUGCCUUCUGAGCACUUGCUAUGCCUUACUCCCUCGAUGGAGAAGCACCGUGUACUUCAGCUUCCUUUUCUCUAGCCCCUCUUUAUUUCUUGAGGUUUGGUAAAUAACUCUUCAUUCUCCAUCA